GGAAGCGAGAGAAAAGGCGAGCGAGCGCUAAAGGGGAAGUGCAGUUUGAGACCCGGGCUAAGGCUCUCCUCCCGGGCCGCUCGGACUCCAGCAGGCUCUUCUCCAAGUUGGUCCCGGCGACCCGCAUCCGACUCCAUGGGUGACUGCUGCACCCAGAGGAAGCUCUGCUGCUUCGUUCUUUUGUGCCUCCUGGUGGCGGGGAUCACCGGGGGGGCGAUCGGAAUCUACAAGUGGCACCACUCCGGGCUCAACAGGUGGCACGGGAGAGGCAGCACCGCCGACUUUCAGAAAAUCAUCGAGGAGCGAUGCGACUACUACACCCAGCAGACCCGGCCGGGUGCCAGAAGCGGAAACUGCCAAGGGAUCAGGCAGGCGUUCACGAGUGCAUUCAUUUCCAAGGAUCCCUGCAAAGCGACAAAGGAGGACUACAAGCCCCUGCUAGACCUGGCGUAUCCCACUGUGCCCUGUGGCAAGGCAGUCUUUUGGAGCAAAACACAGGAGCUGGCUCAUGAGUAUGCGAAACGGCGGGGCCUGUUGACCCUGGAGGACACGCUGCUGGGUUCCCUUGCGGAUGGCCUCAGCUGGUGCGGGGAGCCAGGCUCUCCUGAUUUGAACUAUCAGUCUUGCCCAGACUGGAAGAGAGACUGCAGAACCAACUAUUUUUCUGUAUUCUGGGAAGCGCUGUCCGAAAGGUUUGCAGAAAAUGUCUGUGGUACAGUCCAGGUGGUGCUCAAUGGAUCCAUCGAGAACGCCUUUGACAAAAUGAGCAUAUUUGGACGAGUGGAAGCCCCUACCUUGAGGCCAAGGGUUAUACUACAGGCCUGGCUGGUACAUGACCCUGGAAAACCUCCCAGUGACUCAUGCUCUGGCCCCUCUAUAAAGGAACUGGAGUCCAUCCUGAAUCAAAGGAGUGUCAGAUUUAUCUGCAGGGAUAAUCUCAGCCGUGACCAGUUUCUUGGACGUUUCUGAGGAUUCAUUUUGCAGAUGAGUCAAUCAGCAUGGUUGAGCCCUGGCAGUAGAGAUCAACACACUCGAUUCAGGAGACACGCUGGCGCAAAGCUGGGACUUUGGGGGGAAACUCUCGUCAUAAAAUUAACACCAGAGAUGGAAGCCUUUUCCUCCGGAAUCUUAAAAUAGCUUAUGCUAUUGACAUAGUUUUUAUCUUGAUCUAAUAGUCAAGAAAAAUUAAUUAUUGUAUAAAGUUAGAGUGGACAUUUUAUAUAGUUUUUUAUUUUUUUAUAUGAUUCUUUUAUAUUGCUAAUAUGUUGGUAACAUUCUUUCUGUUGUCCAAACCUAUUGGCCAGUCAAGAAAAAUAAAUGCCCAGACUUUUCAGCAAAGAUCACAUAUCAAAAUGGAUGACCUUAUCUCAGGAUAUAUUUUUGUAUCUUUCCUACAGAUAAAGUAUAGAUGCCAUGAUUAUGGGUCAUGUUAUGUUCUGUAAGAUGUAAAUUACUCCUGUGCUUGGGGUUUUAUCUCUAAUCCUUUCAAUAGCCCUGUGAGGUUGAUAUUACUAUCCUCCAUUUGUUAAAUGAGAAGAAUAAGUUCAGAAAGUUUAUAUAAUUUCCCAAAAGUCAUACAUUUAGGUCAAGGUAGAGAAUGAAUUUGAACUUGACUUUGUUUCAAAACUUCACAUGCUUGCCCUUUCUAGGCCGAGAACACUAGAUUGAUAGCCCUUAUGUUCUCUGCUAAUGAAUGUAUGUUGGAUUAAAUUGAAUACAGUAGAGUCUGAAACGUGGUUUUUCUGGACGGCUUCAAAACAGGUACAUUUUUUCAUCCUUUUCCUUGCUUCUCCUCAUCUCGGUGUCUUGUGUAGGAGUCAGUUAACAUGUAUUUAUUUGUUCUUGAUGCUGACAGUUUGCAUCUCACUUGAAUUUUACUUGAUUAGUCUUGCUUUGGGAAUGCUCAUUUUUACUACUGUUAAAGAACCAACAUUUAACCUUGUUGAUUUUCUCAUUCUACUUAUUUAGGUUUUACUUUUCUCUGUAUUAUUAGAGAUAGAGAGAUUCUAAUUUCUUUGCAUUUCCUUAUUCAGCUUCUUAAGAUGGAAGUUUAGAUCACUGAGUUUGUAGUAUAUUUUCUUUUCUUAUAUGUUCAUUUUAGUACUAUAAUUUUUCUUCUGAGUGCUGUCUUUGCUGCAGCUCUUAAAAUUUUUGCUAUGUCUCUUUUCCUCAUAAUUUAAAAAUAUUUUCUGAUUUAGUUGUUAUUUCAAAAAUGUGUUGCUUAAGUUUUAAACAUUGGAUAUUUUCUAGUUCUUUGUUUUUCUUGUCAAAACAUAAGAUGCAUCGAGUGGAGAAUUAAUAAACUCAUUUGGAAACCCUUCAGGGAACCCAGCAGGUGUGUUGAAAACAGCAUACAUUUUGGAGUCAAACGUUUCUGGGUCCAUAUUUUGGCAUCACUCUAUGCUUUAGAAUGAAAUACCUAAUCUCUCUGAACUUCAGCUUCUUCGUCACUUAAAUAAGGAUUAUAAAUUUACCCUCAUCAAAGUGUGGUGAGAACUAAAGAAGAUGACAGAAAAUGACAGCCUAACACAGUGAGUCACGUGUCAGAGGUCACUAGAACAUAGACUCCCUUCUGCCUGCCCCUUGAUUGCCAAUCCAGUUCCCAUCGGGAGUCCUUAGAGCUACGGCCACUGCCAUCAGAGCAGGGCUUCUUCACCGGCCCGUUCUCCGCUUUCUCGUGGGCUGUGGUCUUGGCUAAAAUGAGAAUAGAUGCUGGGGACCAGUUCUGGGUAAGGUUCAGUCUUGCCUCCUGCCUUCCUGCAGAACAUCUUCAGAGAUAGGUCCCUGCUAAUUCACUGGGUAACCCGGCUGUUUUUCUUCCCACCACUCUGCCUUAUUGUUGGGCUAGCUUGCUGAGUUCUGGAUCCUUUAAUGUACCUUCUUCGUUUACCAGGAUACCCCCAUGAGGUGGCUCCCUGUGUCAGGAAAAUUUUGUCCUUAACAUCUCUUUUCAGUGAUAAAAUGGAUAGAGUAAAAAUCAAUUUGUGAGAAUCUUCCCCCCCAAGAAGACUGAUUUGAGUGCUUAAGGUCAAAGCUGGUGGAGACCAAAGAGGGGGCUGGUCCCCAGGUUGUCACACCUGCUGCACGACGCCCUGUGGCCCCUGGAGGUGGCUGGGGGCUGAGGUGCUAUUUUCUCCUCACACCACCUUUGUAUCUUCAUUACCAUGAUGUUUCAUCCGUGCCUCCGCUCUCCCUGUAGUUCUGAUUUUGCAUCUUUGCCAUUGACCAUGCAUCAUGGGCCUUCCCUGGUGGCUCAGCUGGCAAAGAAUCCACCUGCAAUGCAGGAAACACUGGUUUGAUCCCUGGGUUGGGAUGAUCCCCUGGAGGAGGAAAUGGCAAUGCACUCCUGUAUUCUUGCCUGGAAAAUCCCAUGAACAGAGGAGCCUGGAGUGCUACAAUCCACAGAGUCGAAAGAGUCAGAUACAACUCGGUGGCUAAACCAUGCAUCUCUAGCCCUAAGGACUUUUUCUGUAAGUAGAUCCUCCAUAUCCCUCUUCUUAUAAGUGACAUCUCUACCAAAUUACUGAUUGCUCAUCAACCUCAUAUUUUACUCAUAAACCUGCUAUGCCUUCUCUCCCCACUUCAUUCCUGUGUGCUCUAGAAAAAUCCUGUUACUAUCCCAACUUUUACACACCACCAUAUUCACCCAAAGGCUGUGGGAAUGAACCAGAACCUAAUUUCCCUUCUCCAGCUCCUUGAGGAUCACUAUUUUUCUUCUAUAAUGGUUUAUGACCUGAUAACAUUUGAGGCACACUUUCAAAUACAGUUCUCAUAGUUGAAGGGAUACACAUGCAUAUAUGCGUUUAUAUGUAUUUCUGUGUACACACAUUUUUCUCAGUCCAUAGCAAUGCUGCAUUUAGUAGGUCUCUCUUAGUCCCAUUUGUGUUGACCUGUUUCACACCACAUCUGUGUCUCUUAUAUACUUGGCAGACAAAGCCAAGUAUAUAUCCAAUAUUUUGGCAAAAUGCAUUCUUUUCGUCAGCUCGACAACAUUCUGUGCCUUUUAACUUUUGCUGGGAACGAGCUCACCCAAGUCUGUACACUCCCUGAUGGAAGAGAUGCUUUAGGAGCCUUGCUGACUUACUUCCUGGCAUGCAGUUUCUCCUGAGGACCACUCCCGAGACUGUGACUUGAGCAUCUCAAGUAGAAUCCACAUGGAGCAGAACAACUCUGUGUUUUUGUGGGUUUUUAAAGGGCAAGUGGUUAUGUAUAUGGGUACAGGUUUUGUAUGGCAAAUUAGAAUUGUGUGAAGCAAAAUGUUAAAAUAAACCUACAGCAUAACUUUAAAA